UGCCUGUAUUUGCAAACUUUGUAGUAUUAUAUCUAAGUUUAUAGCAAAUACAUCAAUCUACAAACAUGAAAUUUUCUUUGGUUUUCGUUGCUGUCGCCAUUGUGGCUGUUCAGGCUGGAAAACUGACCGACGAGCAAAAACAAAAACUCGCCUCCUACUACAAAGACUGCAAGGAAAGCUCAGGAGUAGAACAAAUCUCCAUCGAUGACGCUAAAGCCGGAAAGUACCGUGAAGAUCCAAAAGCCAAGGCUUUCUUCUACUGCGUAUCCAAAAAAAUGGGACUCCAAAACGAAGCCGGUGAAAUCCAAAAGGACGUUUUCCUUAUGAAAGUUACCAACUUUUUGGAAAACGAAGAAGAAGCCAAGGCCAUCGUAGAAAAAUGCAACAAACAAGAAGCCACACCAGAGCAGACCACCUACUCUUUGAUGAAAUGCUGUUAUGAAAACUCCAAGGAACACGUCAACUCAAAGCCGAUAAAAGAAGUCAACACAAUUCCAUCGUUUAACAAAAAAUGCAAGGAAGAUUCAGGAGUUGAUCAAACUCUCAUUGACAAGGCUAAAGAAGGUAUAUUUUCGGAUGAAAUCAAAUUUAAAUCGUUUGUUUACUGUGUAUCCAAAAAAGUGGGGCUACAGAAUAUCACCGGGGAAAUUGAAAAGUUGAUUGCGAUAGAAAAUCUAAUAGAAAUUCUCGGAGACAAGGAUCUAGCUGCCGAUUUAACUAAAAAAUGUGCCAAGCAUCGUUCCAGUCCCGAGGAGACGGCUUACCAGACUUUCAAGUGCAUCUAUGAAAAAAAUCCCAAGCAUAAAGUUGUGUUUAUUGAAUAAUUUUUUUUAAAAAUAAAAUUUAUAAAGGGUUUGAAUUAGAAAAAUAUCACUUAA